UCCAGGAUACGGGAGGAGCAAUACAAAGCCUGGGGAACUUCAGAUCAUCGAACAACAUAACAUUUGAGAGGGGAACCUCGCCUGUCACCCCUGCUGUAGUAAGAGAUGCUCAAAAUCAGCAAGGUGAGGUAUAGGAGGAAGUGCACACUAGAAAAUCACAAUUACUUGACUAUACUUAGCAGCUACCUGCUGAUGCCUACAGAAUAAACAAACACAGGAACACCUUGUUGCUGUCCGAAACACUGUUCAGUGGAGCAACAGUACUUGGGCAACAGAGACAGAGAUCCAACAUCUGUUUUUCAUCUAUGAUGAUGGGGUGACCAUGUAGCUGGCAGGGACAUUGUAUUACCACAAGAACAUUAGCGAGUGUGGGAAUAACGUACUAUACGUUAAGGAGGAAGCUGGUAGCGAACCUCGGCAAUGCGAGCGGAUGCAUUAGGCUGGAAACACAUUACAGUUGUCCCAGUGGAAGUAUCUCACAUAAAUCUUCAACAUGAAGGGCGGAGGGGAUUCCAAGGACCAACAGCUAACUGUGGCCCUGCGGAUUCGGCCCAUCAGUCAGAUGGAACUAGAAGAAGAUGCAACAAUAAUCGCCCACAGAGUAGAUGGCCAGGUGGUUGUGCUGAUGGAUCCAAUGGAAGACCCUGAUGACAUCCUUCGAGCUCAUCGCUCACGAGAAAAAUCUUAUAUUUUCGAUGUAGCAUUUGACUAUGCUGCUACCCAGGAGGAAGUGUACCGUUCCACAACCAAAGGCCUAAUUGAAGGAGUAAUUUCUGGAUACAAUGCUACAGUGUUUGCUUAUGGACCAACAGGUUGUGGGAAGACUUACACAAUGCUAGGAACAGAUUAUGAACCUGGAAUCUACGUACGAACUCUCAAUGAUUUGUUCAAUUCCAUAGAGGAAACCAGUGACAACAUGGAGUAUGAGGUGUCCAUGUCCUACAUUGAGAUUUAUAAUGAAAUGAUUCGGGAUCUAUUAAAUCCUUCACUUGGUGUUCUUGAUCUGCGGGAAGACUCAAAAGGAGUGAUCCAAGUGGCUGGAAUCACUGAGGUAUCGACCAUCAAUGCCAAGGAGAUUAUGCAGCUGUUGAUGAAGGGGAACAAACAGAGGACCCAAGAACCCACAGCAGCAAACAAGACAUCAUCAAGGUCCCAUGCUGUGCUGCAGGUCACUGUGAAGCAGAAGAGCAGGGUGAAAAAUAUUAUGCAGGAGAUACGUGUGGGUCGUCUCUUCAUGAUUGACCUUGCUGGAUCUGAGAGGGCAUCACAGACUCAAAAUCGAGGGCAAAGGAUGAAAGAAGGUGCUCACAUCAACAGGUCUCUGUUGGCUUUAGGUAACUGCAUAAAUGCUCUUAGCGAGAAAGGAGGUACCAAAUAUGUUAACUAUCGGGACAGCAAGUUGACCCGACUUCUGAAGGAUUCAUUGGGAGGCAACAGCAGAACAGUUAUGAUAGCUCAUAUAAGUCCAGCGAGCACAGCCUUUGAGGAAUCGAGGAACACACUAACCUAUGCAGAUCGUGCCAAAAAUAUCAAAACAAGGGUAAAACGCAACAUGCUAAAUGUCUCCUACCAUAUCGCCCAGUACACUAAUAUCAUUGCAGACUUGCGUAGUGAGAUCCACCGCUUGCAGAAGAAAAUCGAUGAACAGGCUUUAAGACACUCCAAGAAUGAAAAAGCUGAUAUACGCAAUGUGCAAGCUGAAGUCCAGCUGCACAACUCUCACUUUGAUCGGCAGGAGAUGAAUCGGCUGCGAGAACAGCUGAUUGGAGCCUUUGAAAAACAGAUGGCUGUCCGUCGCAGCCUGAUGGAGCUGGAAAACAACUACAUGGAAAUUCAGAUUGAGCUGUCAAGGCAUUUUCUAACAAUUGCAGACUGGGAACAGGAGAAAAUGCAGACAAUAAAGAAGUGGAGGGAGGAAAUGAGGAGAGAGACCUUCAAAGAUGACAGCGAGAAGGAAUCUGAUACCAGUGAUGACCAACCAGAUGUCAUUGAACCACAAGAGGUGUAUGCAGCGAGGCACAGAAUUGCAGCUCUAAUCACAGAGCAAAAGAACAUGAGGAAGCAAAAAGUUGAGCUGGAGAAGAAGUUCAGAGAAAUUCGCCAGCAGGCACAACAGUUAGAAGAGGUUUUGCCAAAGCGAAUCAACAGUGAAGAACAGCAGGAGGUGUUGAGUUUGCUUUGCAAGGUGCAUGAGCUGGAGAUUGAGAAUACAGAAAUGCAGUCCAAUGCACUGCUUAAGGACAAUGUGAUCAGACAGAAAAACUAUGUGGUGCAGCGAUAUGAACAGCAUCGUUAUCUCUGUGAUGAGAUCAUACAGCAGCAAAGGAAGAUUAUCAAAGAUCAUAACCUGGUAAUCCCUCGCCAACUGGAAGAUCUGUUUGAUAUUUAUUUCCGAGAACUGCAGGAAGGCCGGCUGGAGCGCAUUGUGACUAUCGACAAAGUUGAACUCAAGUCUCUAAAGGAAACUUCUCUUCCACGGAUUCCAAUUCAGCUAAAAAGAGGAGAUUUAGUGCAAGACACAGAUUCAGAUCAGGACAGCAAUAAGAUAUACGGCUCUGAAAAUCUUCAAAGAAAACUAUCGCAGUGGAACACACUUCCUCCUCUUGUGCGUGAUUCUGAGAGUGACAAUAACAAAGUAUUUACUACUAGUCCUCGCUCACGUCAGAUAAAGAACUCAACUGUCAUAAUACCACCGCCUAUCCACAUCAUUGGAAUGGUAAACCAAAAGCAGGCACGUCAGCGUGGCUUACACAGUUACAGUAACCUAACUCAUAAUACCGGCAACCACUUCACCUCUUCCCCCGAAAGCAGCGAGAACUUUUCAGACAAUCAUCUCACCCGCAAAGAGAGAAAGCAGAUCCUAACUAGUACAAAGAACAUUGCUGUGAAGGCAGCACGGCGCCGAUCUAAAGUAUUAGAUGGCGAUGCUCACCUGCCCUUGCCAGAAGCUGUGAAGGAGAAAAGUACUUUGUCUUUGCACUCUCUCAGUGAAACAGAAGAUAUAGUGUCUCAUGGGAUACUCAGUUACAAACUGCAGGCUAGCCCUGUCCUGCAACAUGCAGCUAGUGAGGACAACCUGUCCACCAGCACGGGGGAGACAAUGUCCCAUGAAGCAAGAAUGCACAGUAACUCUCCCAGCAUAUGGCCACAGACUCAAAAGAAGGUCAACAAAAAGAUAGACAGGAGAGAUGAUUCAUUAGAAGCCAAGAGAAAGAAGAGGCGUUCAAGGUCAUUUGAAGUUGCAGGUCAUGGGGUCUUACAAGCCAGGAAUAACCUUACGAGGUAUCACCCUUCAGAGAGCACCUCAGAUCAUAAACUGUAUAUGAACAGGCGAGUGGCUGCCAAUAUCAGACAGCCAGAGAAGACUGUAUUCCCAGUUGCAAAAGUACGUCUGCCUCAGACUGACAAAGCAGGCUCUGUUACAGCAGCAUCAGACUCUUCAGGUGGUAGUCUCAACCUGAAUUAUCCUGCGAAUGGGAAAAGGACAAUCCCACCAAGACUAAGGCUUACAUAUACAACUGUAAACAAUACCAAUGCCCCAGGGAAGGACUUACACUCUACAAAAUAUUGAAUGUAUAUGGAGUCACUUUACUUGGUGCCCCUUUUCAUUUAAAGAAAAAAUAAACUAGAAACACUCAAGCUGCAAUGACAGAAGAGCGACGUGGCCCUUAGGGUGAAUAGUGCACUGCUGUGUAGCUCCAUGAAGGCUGUACAUGAAAAAAUGACAACAUUAACAUUUGAACUUCCAUUGUUUUGCACAUUCCAAAUGAAGUAUAAGCUGUGUACAGCUAAGGUAUUUCUCUCACCUCAUAUCAAGUAUUUGGAUUGCUGUGUGAUCCUUAAAGUUACACUUUUUCAAGGUGUUUAAUUAUAUACAAAUCAGUUGUAUAGCUGCAUAUUUUCUAAAGUAUACCAAAACUUGACAGGUACCAUGUAUUUACUUAAGUUACUAAAAGAACUAGGAAUGGUCCACUGUAGUCUGUGUAUGUAUGUUAGGUAGAAGGACAAGUAUAAUUUAAAUCUGUUGUCUAAGUAAUACACACAUAGUGAAGUUCAAAACACAAUGUAGACCUCUUUUCAGAGUAGCAUCCAUCCAUUUCUUAGAGCAGAUAUACAAAAAUUGAAGUUCACAGAGGAAUGUCACACAUGACUUUUGCAUUACACCAGUCUGCUUUUUUUUUGCCACCCACAUCUGCUUAUAUGCAUGUUGAGGGAUAAUGAAAGCGCAACUUUGCAGUCAAAUCUUGAGGGCUAGACUGUGAUCAGAUUACUUCAUUACUGUAUUUAGAUUGAAAUACUUUGCUUGCAUAUUGGCACAGCUACAUGUGUGCCUGGAACGAGGCAUGAGAAGGUCUUGUGGCAUAAAAUAAAUGUAUUUCAUGGAGAAAAUGCCUCCAGUUCCAGAGAAAAGUACUGAUCUUCAAGGAGUGGAAGGGGUGAAACUGAAACUGGGCAGUUAAUCCUGUAUGUGGGACCAGUCAUCAUUUAUGAAGGUAACUACAUGCCACAAAACAUUGUCCAAACAGUGAUGACCAUGAGCAUUGCCGUACUGGUAAAGGUCUGGCCAGUGAGGACAGGACAAGGAGUAAAGGUUCAUAGGUUCAUAGGUGUGUACUAGGCUAAUGGCCCUGGGGCCAUUACAGGCCUAGUCUUAG